AUGGGCAGGAAACUGGCGGCCAUCUUGGCUCUGCUGCUGGCCGUCUCCCAGGCGCUGGCUCAAGCGGAAGAAUCUCAAGAGGACCAGUAUGACUUAGAGGAUGAAGAGGAGGAAAUGGAAGUCUCAGAUGAAUUCCUCGAUGAAAAACAAGUCAGGUUUUUAGAUGAAGCAGAAAAGGAGGGCAGUAUGACCGGAGACAUCCUGGAGGCAAACAAAUGGCUGUUCUCUUACUUGAGUGAGGGAGACGUGGCAGUGCCAACAGGCAGGAAUGCCAUGAAGUGCACUAACUGCUACUGGGAGAAGGCUGCUUCUGGAUUUGUGGAGGUCCCAUACAGACUCUCCGACAACUACAGUUACCCCCAGAAGAAACUCAUUAAGAGGGCAAUGGGUGUUUUUCAUAAGAACACCUGCAUUCGUUUUGUUCCUCACACCAGCCAAAGAGACUACAUUGACAUCAUGUCAAAACCUGGAUGCUGGUCCUACAUAGGGAGGAUUGGCGGCAGACAGACUGUGUCGCUGAACAUGCGUGGCUGUAUGAGCAUGAGCGUUACACAGCAUGAGCUUAACCAUGCGCUGGGUUUCUUCCAUGAGCACACCAGGAGUGACCGCGACAAGUACAUCAAGAUCAACUGGCAGUAUGUGGUAAAAUCUGCUGUUAGCCAAUUUGGCAAGAGGGACACCAAUAACCUGGACACCACCUAUGACUACAACUCUAUCAUGCACUAUGACAGAUUCGCCUUCACAAACACUCCCGGCAGGGAAACCCUCACUCCUAUUCCCAAAAGAGUCAGCGUUGGGCCGAGAGCAAAGCUGUCCAAGACAGAUAUUGAGAGGAUCAACAAACUCUACUGUGGGGCUACAGGCCCCACAACUACAACCACAACAAUACCACCACCAACCACAACUAAAACUACAACUACCACAGCACCAACAACUACUACAACAGAGGCUCCAGUUACAAAGACACCAUGCCCCUAUGAUGAUGGAGAGUAA